CCCAAUUGAAUCAACGCUCGCCGCCGCUUUUGGAAGCGACGUUCACUUGAGUCCCCGUGGGUACACCGCUCAUUCUCUCUGUCUUACUCUAUAUACCCACUAGUCCACCUCUGAAAGGUACAGACCCCUAAAGAGGAGAAGAAAACGAAGGGAGGGGAAGGGAGAAACAGGAGAGACUGCAGUCAUUGCAUGGCAUGAAGACGCGGCUGUUGGGGACCCGACUGGGGUAUGGCACAUUACGCCAGGAUCUGAACUGAAACGGGGACCUGGUUUGGGCUCUUAGAUAUGGGUGUUAUAAUAAUAAGAAACCAUUGAGUUUGCAGGAGUAAAGGGGUUAGAAUGUGCUUGAUGUCGUUCGGUGUGACGCUUUUGGAUGCGCAAUUCUGGAUGGGAUGAAAUCGCGUAACCGGGGGCCAAAUCUAGGCGCUAAACGUGACACCACCGAUCUGAGCUCCCCAGAGCUGCGUUAAACCACAUCUUCUGCCCUUCGGAGACGUGCUGAGGGGACAACCACAGAAAGUUUCGCGAUGGCACUCGUCAUGGAACCCGUUAGUAAAUGGAGCCCCAGUCAAGUUGUGGAUUGGAUGAAAGGUCUGGAUGACUGCUUGCAGCAGUAUAUAAAGAACUUUGAACGGGAGAAGGUAGGAGGUGACCAGCUGCUAAGGAUCACCCAUCAGGAGCUGGAAGAUCUGGGCGUAUCCCGCAUCGGACACCAGGAGCUGAUCCUGGAAGCUGUGGACCUGCUGUGUGCUCUGAACUACGGGUUGGAGACUGAAAACCUGAAAACUCUCUCUCAUAAGCUCAAUGCCUCUGCCAAAAACCUGCAGAACUUCAUCACGGGCCGCAGACGCAGUGGUCAUUACGACGGCCGGACGACCCGCAAGCUGCCCAACGAUUUCCUCACAUCUGUGGUGGACCUCAUCGCUGCUGCUAAGAGCCUUCUGGCCUGGCUAGAUAGGUGUUACUUCUUUUGCAGGUCACCAUUUGCUGCCGUAACAGAUUAUUCCGUGACCAGGAACAACGUGAUUCAGCUGUGCCUGGAACUCACUACUAUAGUACAGCAGGACUGCACCGUCUAUGAAACCGAAAAUAAGAUCCUCCAUGUGUGUAAGACAUUGUCUGGAGUAUGUGACCACAUUAUCUCACUGUCGUCAGACCCCCUGGUCUCCCAGUCGGCACAUCUGGAGGUGGUUCAACUGGCUAAUAUUAAACCUACAGAGGGUCUGGGAAUGUACAUCAAAUCCACAUAUGAUGGGCUUCAUGUUAUCACAGGAACCACAGAGGGGUCUCCAGCAGAUCGCUGUAAGAAGAUCCACGCAGGUGACGAAGUCAUCCAGGUGAACCAUCAGACAGUGGUGGGCUGGCAGUUGAAAAACUUGGUAAGCUCUCUGCGAGGGGACCCUGCCGGUGUGACAUUGACCCUGAAAAAGCGUCCCCAGAGCACGCUUACCUCCGCCCCAGCCCUACUAAAGAACAUGAGAUGGAAGCCCCUGGCCCUCCAGCAGCCAGUCGUUCCCAGGAGUCCCACCAGCAGCUCGGCCACGCCCACGAGCACUAUCAGCACACCCUCCAAGCGUGAUAGCUCCGCCCUCCAAGACCUGUAUAUCCCGCCUCCUCCAUCUGAGCCAUACAUACCAAGAGAUGAAAAAAGCGGUCUCCUGGGUGAAGGCGGGGUACCUGUUGCAAAAGGGUCAGAAUCACCAAACUCAUUCCUGGAUCAAGAGUACAGACGACGAUUUCCUCUCAUGGAAGAAGAAGCCGUUCUUUACUGCUACGAGUACGACCCCAACCAUGGACCCACAACGUCCCGUCGAGACAGCACACCCACUUACGGUCGUCUGAGGCCCUUCUCUAUGCCUGUUGAGUAUAACUGGGUUCCUGAAUACGAGGACCCAGCUAGAAUGAAGAGAGAAGGUCGGAGAGAAAACACUCUGUUGCGGUAUGUAAGUGAUGAGAAGGCGGCUGAUCUGGCUGGGCGUAGCAUGAAGAGAGACACAGGAAAACGUGGCAAGAAGAAGAGCGAAAAGAGCGGGAGUCCCACCCACUACGCGCUCCUCCCGACCCUUCAAAUGGAGGUGCUCCGUCAGGAAUCCAUGAACACGCCUAACCCAGACUCCACCUCUCUUUACCAUACAUUCCAGGGAUCCUCUCUGCUAUCCAAGACCAAGAAAAAGAGUAAAGCAGCUCCACUGUCCUCCAUCAGUAAGAGAAGAAUCUCCUGUAAGGACCUGGGUCGUGGAGACUGUGAGGGCUGGCUUUGGAAAAAGAAGGACGCAAAGAGCUAUUUCUCGCAGAAAUGGAAGAAGUACUGGUUUGUCUUGAAGGACGCCUGCUUGUACUGGUACAUGAACGAAGAGGAUGAGAAGGCCGAAGGUUUUGUCAGUCUUCCUGAGUUUAAGAUCGACAGAGCCAGUGAAUGUCGCAAAAAAUAUGCGUUUAAAGCGUGCCAUCCCAAAAUCAAGAGCUUCUACUUCGCAGCAGAUGGCGUGGACGAUAUGAACAGAUGGUUGAGUCGUCUCAAUAUGGCGGCCGCCGGCUACAUAGAAAGAGAGAGAAUCCGUCAAGAACAGGCAGACUACUGGAGUGAAAGUGAACAUGAAGACAAUGAGACGCCCUCGACACCCAAGCAAGACAGCCCACCGCCCCCUUAUGACACAUACCCACGGCCACCCUCAAACCAGGUGAGUUGUGCCAGUCCUUACCUAGAACCCAAGCACGGCCGCCUCUCAUCCACAGAAACUUCACAGUCUCGCUCCUCUCACGAGGAGUACCGCUCUGAACCACAAGGGGGCAGCAGCAGUGGGGGAGGUUCCCCAGCUCGGAAGUCCGCCAGCCAGCGGCGCUCAUGGCAGGACCUGAUUGAAACCCCUCUGACCAGCUCAGGCCUCCACUACCUGCAAACCCUGCCCCUAGAGGACGCUGUGUUCUGCGAGCCAGGGGCGGGACUUUCUCCGGAAUAUCGCCGCCAAUCCACUCUGCCUGCCCAACGCACACUGAUGCAGGAACAUUACGGUCCCUUCCCAAUGCUUGAAGGGGAGAGGCUCCGAGACCCCGUUAAUGCAACCGGGAAACCCCGCAGCUUCACCUUGCCUCGGGAUAGCGGCCUGCAUGCCCUCCUCACACCCUCCGCCAGCAUGGCAGAACAGCGGGACCCCAGCCAUAGGGAGCUCAGCCGUUCACACUGCAUCAAUAACGGCGGGGAGCAGGAGUGCCAUGGGCAGGCGGAUUCACUUGGUGAUUUGUACCGGGCGCUGGAGCGUGCCAGUCUGUCGCCUAUUGGUGAGCACCGCCUUUCCACCCGUCUGGAGUACAAACACCUUUUCAUCCGGCGUUGCAACGAUCCACAGCUAAAUGACAAACUGCAUCAUCUCCGCAUCCUGCAGAGCACGCUAAAGGACAGGGAGGGCGAGGUAGCACUGAUUGACAAGCUGCUGGCCAAUCCUAAACUCACAUCCUCAGAGUUCCAGGAAUGGAAGAAAGUUUACAUGGAGCUGUUUUCAUCAGAGCUGCAGCGGGACCAUCAGCCAAGCCCCGCCUCCGAGCCCAGCCCUGCCGCCACACCUGAACCCACCCCUCGCACGCCCUCCCUCUCACACACACACUCCUACAUCGAGACUCACGUCUGAUGCACACAAAUGCGCACUUCGAUCACUAUACAAAAAUGCCACCAAAAUAUUUUAAGUAGUCGUCGCUCACUUCCAUGGACCUUAGGCUGGACGUUCAGUCUAAAGUAAGGGUUGAAUUGGUGUUUGUGGACUGUUUGCAUUUUAAUUACAAGGUUGUGAGGAAUAAUUAUGUGCAGAAUUAACAUUUAGGGAUAUAAUAAUGCAUUGAUGCAUGAUUCCGGAUUUAUAAUUUCAGUAAAUAAGUUUCAUUAUUUAAUAAUCAAUAUAAAAAUAACAGAGAUGGCAUCUCAGAUUACAUGAACAGGGUGCACUUUAAGUAAAUAUUCUCAAGUUUAGCUUUCUUUGCCAUUAUUCAUAUUUGUUUGUAUCCAUUAAUGCAAUGCAAGUUAAAAUUUGUUAUUUCCUUGCUCAAAUAUAGGGUCCUAUCAUACACCCGGUGCAAUGUGGUGCAAGAGUGGAUUCAGACAUGCCCUGAGUGCAUCUGCACCGUGCACUUAGAUCAUUAAAAUAGGGUCCAUAGUGUUUAUGUUUUAUAAUAUUCAGAGAAUAUAUUUUGAAUAAUAUAUUCACUUUUUUUUUUUGCUGUAUUUUCUAUGGAUCAGAGUAU